AUGGGAGACGUUUUUGACUUUGACGAAGACGAUCUUGUCUCCAAUUUCAAAAAAAAGGUUGCAAUGGACUCCUCAAGUGUUAAUGAUCAUCCAGAACCUCAAGAGCCUGAUGAUGGAGAAGGUGUGAAAUUCUUCAAAAAGUACGAGUCGAACAGUGUGGUUUCUGUCGGUCCCAUAGGAAAACGUCUCGGCACGUCUUACAAGGUUGAAAUCGAUGAAUUUUAUGAAGCUGAAAGUCGUUCCAACAGUGCUGCUGGUGUUGAUAAUGUUCACAAGCUGCCUCGGAUGAUAUAUUCCUCAUUACAUAAGACUAAGCCUAAGAUCCAGGACUUUGAACAGUUAAAGGUGCUUGGAAAGGGAAGCUAUGGCAAAGUUUUACUUGUGAAGCAUAAACAGUCAGGAAAAUUGUAUGCACAGAAGCAGCUCCAGAAGGCUUCGAUGAUUGUCAAUGCCAAGAACUAUGAGCAGACUUUGACAGAACGAACAAUCCUUCAAAAAGUCACUCAUCCUAACAUUGUCAAACUCUAUUAUGCACUUCAGGACUUUGACAAGGUUUACUUGUUUCUAGAAUAUCUUGAUGGAGGCGAAUUGUUCCAUUAUUUACGUGAAGAGAGAAUCUUGUCUGAGAAGGUGGCAUGCUACUAUGUGGCUGAGUUGAUCUUAGCUUUACGUCAUUUGCAUACCAAUGCCGGUGUCAUUUACAGAGAUCUAAAGCCAGAAAAUUGCAUGCUUAAUGAUUGUGGCCAUUUGGUUCUUACAGAUUUUGGGCUAAGCAAGGCCAGUAGAGAGUGUAACUCGAUGUUUGGUACUGCUGAAUACAUGGCUCCCGAAGUGAUUAGGGCUGAAGGCUAUGACUCCCAGUGCGAUUGGUGGUCACUUGGUGCUGUUACCUUUGACAUGUUGACCGGUACUCCUCCAUUUACUGGAAAUAAUCAUAAGAAGAUCAUGGACAAGAUUCUUAGGCAGAAGGUCAAGUAUCCAUUUUAUCUAUCUCUGGAUGCCAAGGAUUUAUUGAGAAGGCUCCUAAAUAAGAACCCAAUCAAGAGACUAAACUGUGAUACGGAUUUCGAGAAAGUGAAAGCCCAUAGAUUUUUCAGAUAUAUUGACUGGAACGAUAUAAUCACUCAGAACGACGAAAAGCUACCUCCACCAAUCAUCCCUAUUAUUACCGAUCCUGAAGAAGCCGAGAACUUCGAUGAAGAGUUCACUUCAAUGGCUAUAACUCCACCAAGUUCUCCAAUAGGUGACUCUCUGUUUGAAACUAUAGAAGAGAGUCGUUCUACUAGUACCAGUUCUUUCAUCCCAAUUCAGAGGCCCGACCCUGAUAAUAGAAACGACUUGAAAAAGUCGGUCUACUUCACAGGAUUCUCUUACACCAAUGAAAGUCUCCUAUGA